AUGCAAAUUCUUAGACACGCUCCUGACUUGAAGGUCACUAGUUUGAUUGUUGAGGCAAGGACUAGGUGGGGGAUUGUCAUUGGAAGGUUCAAAGCAUACAGGGCAAAGGUGAAAAGUCUGGAAAUGAUUCAUGGAGCAAGUAUCCAGCAGUAUAGUCAUCUCAGGAACUAUGCUGCUGAGAUUGUGAGGAGUAACCCUGGAUCAACAUGCAUCAUCAAAAGCACAGUGGGUAUUCAUGGUCCUGUCUUCCAGAGGAUUUACAUGUGCUUCAAGGCAACUAAGGCAGCCUUUGCUACUACUUGCAGGCCCUUAAUUGGGUUGGAUGGCUGUUUUCUAAAGGGUAUGUAUGGUGGUCAAUUACUAGCUGCAGUAGGUAAAGAUGGAAACAUCCAGAUGUUUUCAAUUGCUUAUGCAGUGGUUGAAGCUGAGACAAAUGACUCAUGGCAAUGGUUCCUCAAUCUUUUAUUGGCUGAUUUGAAUGGAGAGAAAAAGCAAAAAUGGGCUUUCAUUUCUGAUAGACAGAAGGGCUUGGGUCCUACAAUUGCUGCAAUUGAGCCAGACACUGAACACAGAUUUUGUGUUAAGUCUCUGUAUGGUUACUUCAGGAAGAGAUUCCCAGGACAAGAAUUGAAAAGUGCUUUGUGGAGUGCAGCUAGGGCAAGCACAGUCCCAGAAUGGAGAGCUGCAAUGGAUGUGAUGAAGGGUUUGAAUCAAGCUGCAUGGACAGAGAUGAUGGAGAUUCCACCUGAACAAUGGACAAGGUCUCACUAUAGCACAGACACACAUUGUGACUUGCAGGUCAACAAUAUGUGUGAGGCUUUCAAUAGAGACAUCUUGGAAUGUAGGGACAAGCCCAUCAUAACACUGUUGGAGGGUUUGAAUUUUUACUUCACCGGCCGCAUUAACUAUGCAGAUAGGUGGCAAGCCAAUUGGGAUGGAGAUAGUGGAUAUUCUGAGUUUGAAGCAGUUAGGGACAAUGACAAGUAUGUUGUGAACCUGCAACAGAGGUCAUGCGCUUGUAGGAGGUGGGAUCUCUCUGGAGUUCCUUGUGUAAAUGUUGUUGCUUGCAUGUGGUUCAACCAUCACGCCCUAGAGAACUAUGUCCAUCUUGCUUACAAGAGACAUACCUUUCUGAACACUUACUCUCACCUUAUCCGACCCAACAAUGGACCAAAGUUGUGGCCAGAGGUUGAGGCACUUCCUCUCAAUCCUCCAUAUGUGAGAAGGCAGCCAGGCAUGCCUAAAACACAGAGGAACAGAGCCAAUGAUGAGUCAACCAACCCUAAUAGGCUGAGGAGGCACCACUCUACUAUCAGGUGUAGAAGGUGUGGGAAUUAUGGACACAAUAGGAGGACUUGCAGAGGAAAGGAGCUAGCAGACAGAAUCAUUCCACCUGGAGGGAAUCAACAAAACACUGAAGUGUUACAACCUGAACAGAGGCACAAUACUUUUGAAGUAGGAUCCUCAUCAUCUCAGGCACCUCCACCUCCACCACCUCCUGCAGGCUCAUCUCACCCUCCACCACCUCAUGCAGGCUCAUCUCAGCCACCACCACCACCUUCUGCAGGCUCAUCUCAUGCACCACCACCUCCACCUCCUGAUGCAUCUUCAACACAGCCAGCACCAAGAAGAAGAGGCAGGAAGAGGAACAUCAGCCAAAUUAGUGCAACUCAGUAG